UAGCGUGAAGCUGAAUGACGAUCAUUCUGCUAAAAAUUUUGGAGUGAAAAUUCCGUUUAAGGUUGACAUUUGUGAAAGGAAUUGCAUUUCUCCGUGCAGCUCACCAGAAAAUGCCAUGAAGCAGAGCAAAAAAGAACACCGUAAACCUGAGCAGCAAAUAUACAGACCUGGAAUGGGCCUGCAUAACAGGAAUAUAAGAACAGACGAGUUCAAAGAUUCAAAAGCCGCACCAGACCUACCUAGAACAAGUUCACAUUGUGAUGGUUCAGACUCUGCUACAGUUAAUAGAUCAAAUCAUGAAGAUAGCCAUAGCAAAAAGGCACACGCUAAUACCAAGAACACCAAGAAUCGCAGACCUGACAUUCAAGUCUAUACACCUAAGCCUAAAAUAGUUGCACAGUCCAGUGAUAAGAAACAAGAUUCACAAAAACCCCCUAGUGAUCAGUACCCUAAAGCGGAAAGUGAAGACAUUUCCAAUUUACCCAGCAAAAAAUUGAGUCCGUCUUUUCCUAAGAAAUCUGUAUUUGAACAUGAUGAUCGAAAAUCUCCUACGCAAAAAUCUGUGAGUAAGAGUUCUGUGACAAAAGUGAUCAGUGCAAAUUCUUCAGAGAAAAAAUCAUGGGCAAGUAUGGUAGAAGAAUCAGACCUUUUAAAUUCUAGGUCCACAUCGGAUGACAGAAUGUGCAAUGGCCAUUUAGAUGACGGUGAAAUACAAACUUCAGUCGCCAAAGAUGGGAAGUGUCAGGAACGAAAAUCUUCAAAAUCAAUUAAAGAUGACUCCAAUAAAAGUAGGCACAGGGUCAGGAGAAAUUCGCUGAAAAGUGAAAAUCCUCAUGUACCGAUUGAAGAAUUAGACAAAAGUGAUGUAAACAUAGCAAAAAUUAAUAAACAGAGCUUUAAUAGCAGUCAACAGAAACAUAAAAAUUCCGAAGAAAAAGAGAGAAGGCACAGAAAAGUAGGAACAUUUCUGAGAGCUCGCAAUAGUGAAGAUAAUAAACAGAACUAUGAGUCAAAUCAAAGCAAAAAUGCUAUGCUCGAUAAGACAAAAAUUGAGAAAAAGAGACGAGAAAAAACAGAAAUUACUAUCCCGCCCAGGUUUCAGAAACUGAAAAGCUCAAGUGUGGAAAACCAGCAAAAUAGUCUGCAAGAUAAAUAUAACUUAAAUCACGGUGGUGGUCUUUUAAAAUUGCCUACAGAAUAUGAAAGUCCAGAAGUAGUUUCAGAGACAUUAAGUAGCGUUAUAUGCCCUCCGAAAGCGCAUCGAGAACCUCCUAUGUUUAUCCACAAACAAUUGUUUGACCCAAAUAACCCCAGCAAACCCGAAAUAGUUAACAUUCCUGCUCACAUACCACCAUCUCAUGUGUCUUAUACGAGUUCGAAAUAUUACACCCCAGAGCCUGUGAAGAGUUCCUAUAUUAGUUCUCCUAUGCCGAGUGCAGGUUACAUUCCACCUCCUCAACCACCUGCGAUGAGCAGUUCUUACCGAUUUGUGCAACAAGAUAUUCCUCUUGUGAGUAGCCCUGAUAGCUUUCACCCCCUCAGGGAUGGUAUAGCCCCACCUGUGCCUUCUGUGCCAGAUGCCAGAUUAAAUGCUGUGUUUACUAGGCCUUCUCAAAUGUUUAGUGAGAUGUCAUUGGUUGGUCCUGAAGCUGCAAAAAAGAGGUUAAAGCCUAUUGUUGAGAAGAACUUGAAUGAUAUUGUCAUGUUAGAAAGAGAAUUGUCAUCAUUGUUGAAGAAAGGAAUUGGAAGUUCUAGUUUAAAUAAUCUUCGUCAAUGCAGGUGGAAACUACAGUUGCGUUAUGAAAACAUAAUACUGGCUGAUCCCAAAUACUGUGCUGAAAAAAAUCCCGAACAGAGUCUUUGGAAAACUGCUUUUCAUCAGAUCAUAGAAAAUCUAAGGAAAAAGUUGGAAGAAGAUCCCAAAGAUGAAGAAGCAAGAGAAAACCUUAUGAACCUUAUUCUUGAGGGAACAGUAUUUUAUGAAAAUCUAUUAGAAAAACAGCAAGAAACGUAUGGCUUCAACCUAACCAGGCUGUUAGAAAUGGAGCAUAUAAAUACUGCCUGUAUUCCUGAACAAAUACGCAUUGUUUUAAUUAGCACGCAAAAACUUCUGAUCUAUUUGGGAGACCUUUCUCGAUAUAAAGAACAAGCAUCUCAAACGGCUAAUUUUGGUAAAGCGAGAAGCUGGUAUCUAAAAGCUCAAGUCAUUGCACCCAAGAAUGGAAGACCUUAUAAUCAGUUGGCUAUUCUUGCUUUGAAUGCAAGGAGAAAGUUGGAUGCAGUAUACUUUUAUGUGAGAAGUUUAGCAGCCAGUAAUCCAUUUUUAUCAGCCAAAGAAAGUCUUUUAUCAUUAUUUGAGGAAGCAAAAAGAAAAUACGAGGUGUAUGAAAAGAAAAGAAAUCAGGCAAAAUCUGAUGAAGUGGAAGCUUUGGAUGCUGCAGAAGAUGAAAGACAUGAAGUAUGGAUCAAGCCGGAUGGAUCAAGUAGUUGCAGACCUGCAGAAAUGGACAAAAACCUCGAUGCUUCAGACUUUAAAAAUUUAUCAGAUGUUGAGCUAAAUAAAAGGUUCGUUACAAGUUUUUUGCAUGUUCAUGGAAAGCUCUUCACCAAAAUUGGGAUGGAAAGCUUUCUGGAGACCUUGAAUCAUAUGUUGAAAGAAUUUUACUUCUUGCUACAACGGACGCCUUUGCCGAUAACAUCUUCCCGUCUUCUGCAACUUUUAGCAAUAAAUAUAUUUUCAGUCACAAAUUCUUCUCUGAAAGAAAAUGGGCGUGAGCUGGGAGGGAGCUCGUUGCUGCAAGAACAGGCUCUUUACACCAGCAUGAUAAUGAUGUCUCUGGUGAUGGAACGAUGCAAAUUGCUCCAUAUUGCCCACAAGGCUUCACCGGAGUUCACCAGCCAGGUGGUCAGUGAUGAUCUGGCUCAGCUUCUACCCUCAGUCAAAAUAUGGACUGAUUGGAUGUCCUGUCAGAAAAGCCUGUGGCCACCACCUCCUCCUUAUGUCUUGGAAAAGCUUAAUGUCAGAUUCAACAAAAAUGUUUGGGUAUCAUUUGCUGAUUUGUUGACUGCAUUACAUGAAAUUGAUGUUAGCAGUCCUGUGAUAAUUAAUGAGAGGAAGGAAGAUUCUGAACCUGUGAUACUUGAAGAGGAUUGUGCGUUUGCCGGCUUUGUUCCUCUCAUGGGAGCAAUACAUGAUCCUGCUUACAGUAUAGUACCUUUUGAUAAGGAUAAAGCAAAACAUUGCUUAAGAAUAAGUAGGAUUCAAUUUUUUGGUGAUUAUCUAUGUGGCAUAACCCCACCGUAUAUGCAGUUUGACGUAGAAAGGAAGAAGUUUGUAUCUCUGGUGAAUCACAUAUGUUUAGAAGAAAGACUUGAAAGAACUGUUUUAUAUAGCUCAACAGAUGAAACCUACAGAGACGAUGAUUUGGAUGAUAAUUUAGUUGGAGAAACCUCUCAUGGUAGCGUUGAAAGUAAUGAACUGCAAAUUCUCUGGUCUAGGAAAGAAGCUCUUAGCAAGCAAAAGAAACAACAGGAGAAAUAUAGAGCUCAAGUUCAAGCAGUUCUCCAGAAACAUCAGAAUCAGCGACCCAUUGUACUUAAAAUAAAACCAAGAUACUUAAUUCCUGACACCAAUUGUUUUGUUGAUCAUUUGAAACUUUUCAGAAACAUACUGGCUUCUUCAGAAUUCCACUUAAUCAUACCUUUAGUUGUGAUAAAUGAGUUGGAUGGUCUUGCUCGUGGAACCCGAGUGAAUGAGCACACAUCUCCAGAGCAUGCAAGCAGAGUCACAGUAUUGUCUCGUGAUGCAAUUCACUUUCUAGAGCAGCAGUUUGCCCUGAGGCACCCACACCUGAGGGCAAUCACUUCCAAGGGGUCUAUCAUGGACACCAUAAGUUUUCGAAGUGAAGAGAUGGGGAAGAAUAAGGGAACUAAUGAUGAUCUUAUUCUCACUUGUUGUCUGUAUUAUUGUAAGGAUAGAGCAAAGGAUUAUAUGCCAAAAAGUAGAGAUGAGCCUAUGACUCUGUUCAGAGAAGUUGUUCUGCUCACCGACGAUCGUAACCUACGAGUGAAAGCCUUGGCCCACCACGUUCCUGUGCGAGACCUUCUCUCUUUUCUUCAGUGGGUCAACUCUUGAAGGAGUCACAACGUUUUUCCAAGAAGUUACUGCAGAUGCCACUCUUCUCUCAGAGUCGAGCCACCGUGGAGGUAGCUGUCGGGAGUCGAAGGUUGUCAUGGCGAUACUGUGCCAUUCUAAGCUGCUCGAGCAGUCAUACGAGGUGCUCUCGCUAUUCAUCAGUCAUUACGAAACGCAUCCUCAGUCACUGUCAGUCAGUGCGUCGCCAUGUUAUGUUAUUAUGCGAAUCACUUCAUUUUCUUGU